GUGUAGGAAGGCAGUGUAUAUAAGGGUAGAGAGAAGACCAGGGUUAGACAUAGCAAGAAAGCUGACAACGGUCAAACAUCUUUCUAUCUAGGAGUGCAAUUUAUACUUUGUGCUUAUACAGACAUCUAGAUCAGGCUUUAGCUAUUGUGCUGCCAAGACGUUGUACAUCUCUGACUCGGACAAGAGGAAACACUUCAUGUUGAGUGUGAAAAUGUUCUAUGGCAAUGGUCAAGAUAUUGGAGUUUUCCCAUCUUCAAAGAAUACAGAUUUGUGUAUAGCCUCAGGCACCAAAGUGGCUUUGUUCAACAGACCACGCUCACAAACAGUUAGUAUGCCUACACGUUAUCUCCAUGUUGAGAAUGGAAACUAUCACGCCAGUUCCACUCAGUUGGGAGCUUUUAACAUCUAUUUAGUCGAUGAUGCUGAGGUAGAAUCUGAAGAGUUCACUGUCAAAGAUGGCUACAUUCAUUACGGGUCUACUGUCAAACUAGUCUGCUCAGUCACAGGACUAGCUUUGCCUCGUCUGAUAAUUCGUAAAGUUGAGAAGCAGACAGCACAGUUAGAUGCUGAUGAUCCUGUAUCUCAACUUCACAAGUGCUCAUUCUAUCUCAAAGACACAGAACGCAUGUACUUGUGUCGUUUACAGGAAAGAAUCAUUCAAUUUAAAGCGAUGCCAUGCCCCAAAGAAGCUAAUAAAGAAAUGAUUAAUGAUGGAGCCUCCUGGACUAUCAUCAGUACACACAAAGCAGAGUACACUUUUUAUGAGAAGCCCUUCGACCCAGUACCUAUUGUCGAUCGUCUGAAUUUGAAUGGUGGUGGUGAUGUGGCCAUGUUGGAACUAAGUGGAGAAAACUUUACCCCACAAUUAAAGGUUUGGUUUGGAGAAGUAGAGGCAGAGACUAUGUUCAGAUGUGAUGACAGUAUGUUAUGUGUAGUGCCAGAUAUUUCUGCAUUCCGAUCUGGUGGAGUCAGAUGGGUCAGGCAACCACUACAGGUUCCUGUGUCUUUGGUACGUUCUGACGGGGUCAUCUACUCAACUGGACUCAUCUUUACCUACACCCCAGAGCCUGGACCUCAUAACCACAAGGGCAAGAACUUAAGCAAAUUAUGAUUAUGGAGAUUACAUGCCAAAAAUAACUCUUGAUCUUAGUGACUGUAGAGACAUUGCUCCUGUUGAUGAUACAAUUAUUGGGCAUCUUCAAUGUCAUAGAAAAAGAUAUCAUCUUUAGUGACCUAUUGCAAGACUGAGACUCAGGAAAUCAGUUUCAUCAUGAAGCUCAUAUUAUUUCAACAUUUGAUUCUUUGAUUCAUGUUAAUUUUUUUUUGUCAUUUUAGUGUAAGCCAUUUUUACUCAUUUGUCGAUUGAGAACAUUUACACCUAUAAGCAUUUGUUCAGACCAUCAAAUCAUUUUUGUGUUAGAUUUUUUUUUUACUGUUGGCUGGCAGGGUUGAAAAAAAAAAUCAGUAAUGUUAUAUCAGAUCCAAAAGUGAUUUCUUUGGAAAAGUUCUUUGGUAUUUCUGAGAGGCCUGUUGGAUUCUUCUACUCAACUGUCUAUAGUUCUAGUAAAUGAACCUUAGUCGUUCCAUAAUCCUUCAAUGACUGAAAGAGGCCAACUAGUUCUUGGUAUGGGUGUGGGGGAAGCACUUGAACUUGGCUUGGCUACCUAGAAGGGGGCUCAAGGUUUGACACCCGACUCGGGCAGAGUUGCGUUUACUGAGCGCCUAUAGGCAGCACGGAAAACCAACUCCUAGAUACCCCCUCCCCCCCACUGGUCCACAAAUGAGAUUGAACCAAAGCGCUCUGAGUAUGCUAUAAGCAUGAAAGUAGCGCUAUAUAAAAGCUAUAAUAAUAGUAAUGGGUGAAAGCCUUUCUAUUAGGAGUCCUUGUGUUAUUGUCAGUGAGGUCUAUUGCAAGUUUCUGUGCUAUACACCUGAAUUUAGGUUGGGGUUUGUGCACUCUUCCUUUGCUUCCCUGGAUCUCUGUAAAUUUGUUUGCUUGGUGGCUAUGGUAAUAUUUAGGAUCCUUUUCGUGGGCAAGAAAAGAAACAUUUUUUAGUUGUUUUUUUUUUGUUAGUGUGUUUCUUUUCCUCCUGGAGAGGGAGAUAGUGAAAUGGCCUUUGUAAUUGAAUGUUAUGUAAUGAUCUUGGUUUCAACUAAACUUCAUUCCAUUGUGUUAACUGAGUUAAUGCUGUUUGACUAGGACAGAGUGUACAUGUGUAUAAAUACUUAAUAAUAUAUACAUCUAUUUAUAUCUCUACAUAUUUGAUGCUAAUAUAUUUACAUAAUGCUGUGACUGUCUGUAAAUCAGGUGAUACCUAGAACUGUACAUAGUCUUCUGGUCUCUGUCCUAUUCAUCCUAUAUACCAUUUGAUUUCCCUUAACUGCUGAUUUCUUCUGCCCUGCCCUCCCACCAGAUUUUAUUUUGAUAUAUUUUAUAUUUACUGUCAGGCUCUUCCAAGUCCUCUUGAAAUGUUAAUAGUUUUCUGUAAAUGAUUAGAUCUGUACCUGAUUUGUUCUACUAGUAAACCAUUUAGUCAUUUUCAUUUUAUGUCUUUUUUUUUUUGUGCUUCAAUUUUAAUUUGUUAAAAUCUUCAAAGAAAUAAAAUAUACUCCUUAUGUUCAUGUAAUAAAAUUGAUUUAAAAUCAAAAUUGA